GCAGUUGCGGGCUGACGAAGAACCUUGGUGGGAACUUCGGAGCAAUGGGCGCAAGCCUAGGCGCGCCGUGCUGCUGCUGCCCAGACAGGGCUGAUGCGGAUGAGGCGAUCUUGGUGCCACCUCCGAAGCUUCAAAUCGGCAAGCGGGGCAGCCAGCUCAAGGUGACUUCAGACACAUCUGGGCUGCUGGUCACCGGCCAUGGAGUAGCGUUGGCCAACACCGUCAUCGAACAGGAUGCCGCCUACUGGGAAGUCCGCGUGUUGGAGCCGGGCAGCUCCUCCCGGACCUUCGUGGGGGUGGCGCUGGAGCUCAACGGCCAGCUCCUGGAUUCGAAGAUCGGGGAUGCGGCCUCAUCCUGGGCGAUCGGAGGUGACCUGCCCGGUGGACCUCUGCAGAAGGAUGACAUCAUCGGCGUGGCCUUCGGUCAGGGCAACAUCCCCAACCUCAGGUUCUUCCGCAACGGCAAGGAGAUCCCGGAGGCGGAGGUGCUGCGGAUCCGCGGCGAGGUCUUUCCAGCCGCCAGCGUGUGCGAUGGCGCCGAGCUAUUGCUGGUCUUCGAUGCCGCGGACUUCGCUCACGACCCCCCAGGCCGGCAUCAGGCCAUCGUGCCGCCCCGGAAGAUGAUUUGAGCGAGGGCUGGAGUCGGAUUUGCGCCGACCGAAGGACCCUGGAACAAAAAG